AUGUCGAAAUUGGAUGAAAUGAAAAAUUCGUUGGAUAGAAUUGAAGAGAGAGAACUUGCUCCUGAAUGUGUGAGUGAGAAAUCUGAAAUGAUGAUGGAAUUGGACAAGUUGAAACGUACUUUUGAGUGUGAGGUAGAAAACGCUGAAAAACAACGCAAUCAACUAAUCGGGAAGCAGGAGACACUAACCGAUGCGGAACAAUUAGUGGAGGCAUUGACUGUGCUUAUCGGCAAAGGAAAUGUGUUACUCAGUGAUGCAAAGGCCGACCCAAGCUCGUAUGCAAGUACAGCAGAACUGUUUGAGCACCCACUGAAAGAUGCUCAAAUGUUAAUUGAAACUGCGUCCACAAAAGGAAUAGAUCUGAGUCAACUGAACGAUAUGGUUAGGGAUGCGAAAUGUUUGCAUACACAGUUGGUAAGAAGAAAAGAUUUGUGGCGAGAGUUUGUCAUCCAACGUGACAUGACUCUAGAUCAACUUGAAGUGAUCGAAGGACCAUUAAGAGAAAUUACGAGAAAACCAGUUCGGCCUUCGAACGAAGUGCUGCUUGAUUUGGACGAGUUAAAGAUGGUACAAGCGGACGUUCAAGAAUUGCGGCAAAAAGCUGCCGAACUUCGCUGCCUCUCUGAGGAAUUAGAUCCGUUAGAAAGCGUCUAUGCAGAUGUAAGAUUCAUGGACACUGACAUUGAACAAACACAACAACAGCUGGGAGAUAUUAUGCAGCUGAUGGACACGGAACUCAAUGAAGAAUCCGUCAUAAUGGGAUCACUACAAGACAUGGAAAACGAUUUCCAUCAGCUCGAGGACAAGGUCCCCAGUGCGACGAAUAACGAACAACUCUCAAAUGUGAAUAUUACGCUUGCAAUCAUCAUAGGAUGUCAACUCUUUCAUGCUCAGUUAGCUUAA